AUGGAAAACAAAGCUAAUAUCCUCUUGGGUUGUGUUUAUAGACCCAAUAACCACAUCGAUUUCGAGCCUGUUCGAAAUGCUAUAGAAACUUUAUCUUUAAACUAUAAUGAUACAAUCAUCGUUGGGGAUUUCAACAGUAAUCUGAUAAUCGACAACAACCUAUCUAACAUCAUGGAAACACUUGGACUAGUCCCAUUUAAUACCAGCAUACCCACGCAUUUCACCAGUACCAAUUCAAGCUUGCUAGAUUUAGUCUUUGUCAAUAACAUAUCCAAAGUACUUAUCUAUGACCAACUUUGUGCUCCCGGCUUUUCAAAGCAUGAUCUGCUAUUUUUUACGUAUGAUAUGCAUGUAAAUACCAAGCCUACGAAAUACACGUAUCGCGUUAUAAAAAACAUUGAUGAAAGUCUGGUAAGCUCUUGUCUCGACGAAGUCAAUUGGAAUGCCAUUUAUUCAUUUCACAAUGUGGAUGACCAACUUGCGUUCCUACAAAAUAACAUUUACAUGAUUUAUAACAGCUGUGUCCCUCUCAAAACCAAGGUGGUAAAUCAUAAACAACAGCCGUGGUUCAAUAAUACAAUUAAGUUUUUAAUUGAAAAAAGAGAUAUUGCGUAUCAAAGGUGGCAACACUUUAAAACAUUUGAACUUCACGAUAUGUUUAAAUCUGCCAGGCGGGCAGUUGUAAAAAGUAUUAAUGCCGCUAAAUAUGAAUACUAUAGCCAAAAAUUCAAAUCUGCGAUAGACAGCAAGUCAAAAUGGAAGACUAUUCGCGAAAUUGGUAUUGGCACUAAACAAUCUACUGCUGAAAAUAUUGACAUAAAUAAGUUAAAUGAGAAUUUUAUAAAAUUGAAUAGCAGCGUCAACAAUUCUAAUAUAUAUUCCUGUGUACAUACAGCCCCAAUUGAAAACGAUUUUUCAUUCCGAUGCGUAGACAAUAAUGAGGUCAUGGAAAGCAUUUUUGCAAUUAAAUCAAAUGCUAUUGGAACCGACGAAUUGUGUCCAAUUUUUAUAAAAUUUGUGCUGCCCAAGCUAUUAACAUACAUAACAUAUUUGCUAAAUAGUAUAAUUACACAAUCUACCUUUCCUAGACAAUGGAAACUGGCAAAAAUUAUACCAAUACCUAAGUCAAAUAAUGAUUUCCGACCUAUAGCAAUAUUACCUUUUUUGUCUAAAGUUUUGGAACGUUUACUAAAUUCUCAGAUUUCCUCGUUUCUUGAAAAGGAAAAACUGUUGACUGAAAACCAAUCUGGAUUUAGAAAGAAAAGAAGCUGCACCACAACUCUUAUCGAUGUCGUUGAAGAUCUUCGUAAAAGCCAGGACGAAAACAUGACAUCUUUUCUUGUUCUACUGGAUCACAGCAAGGCGUUUGACACAGUCAACCAUGAUAUAUUGUUGUCAAAACUAAGGAGAUUUUUUUACUUUACCGAUACCGCCUGCAAUUUAAUUUCAUCGUACUUAUCAAAUCGUUCUCAGUGUGUUGUUCUUAACGAUAGGAAAUCUAGAUCAUUAAAUGUAUUACGAGGUGUACCCCAAGGUUCCAUUCUGGGCCCUUUGUUAUUUACCCUGUACAUAAAUGAUCUUCCUCACGUUCCUGAGACCUGUAGCAUACAAAUGUAUGCAGAUGAUGUGCAACUAUAUGCAAGUACUAAAACCGUGGAUAUGAGUACCUGUAUUACGAAAAUUAACAACGAUCUAAAAUCUGUUUAUGAGUGGGCAAGUAAUAACUGUUUGGAUCUCAACCCAUCAAAAUCGAAACUCAUAGUUAUUGGUAAAAAUCAAUCUCUUCAAUACAACGUCGAAUUAAGAAUUUCAGACAAUGUAAUACAACGAGUAGAGUCUUCAUCCAAUUUGGGUUUAACGAUCAAUACAAAGCUGACUUGGACAAACCACAUUAAUCGCGCUUCUGGCAAAGUAUAUGAGAGUGUCAAUGGGAACAACAUUCCAUUCAGGGGUCACAUGUCAGGCCACAGGCUUAGCAAUUAUGCAACACAUUUACCCACCCAACCGACCAGCCUACUUUGUACAACCACCUCUGGCGAUGCUGACAUUAUCCAGGCAAAAUUGAAAAACUAG